GAUCAUCAUAUUUACGCCAAUUCAAAUUCCGACACAAUUUAUCGCACUUAAUUGGGUUUGAAUCCAAAUCAAAUUUCAAAUUUGGCGCGCUGUCACUCGACACAUGACAACGACAACCAAUAGUGAGGUUAGAGUGCAAUGUUGCGGCUUUUUAAACAAAUUGUGAGGCACAAACAUGCCCCCGACCACUGGUCAGUUGUGCGUAAAAAAAUCCACCCAACUGACAAAGCCCUAGCUCACUUUGACGACUUCUACCGGCAAGUUUUCGACAAAAGUUGGGACUCAAUCCGAGAGGGGCUCCUGGGCAAGCAGAAGUAUGUGGCCGUUGUUAACAAUUACUCGGAUUGUGAGGCCACAAUGGCCAGGCUUGAGCUACAAGGGGCUUUGAACGUUCGGACGUUGUUUAAGCUCGAAAAACAAUACUCAAAAGAGCGCCGAACGGUUCAGGAAAAACAGAAAGUGUUAAGAGAGGUUCGUAGAAUCGACCGAGAGCUGGAAUCGAGGGCCAAUGAGCCUAAAAAUGCCUCUCUUCAAGCGAGUUUGGACGAUGCUGAGCUCGACCAUCGACGAAUUAUUGAUAGUAAAAAUGCCCUCUCGGGGGAAAUCCUGCACGAAUUCGUCCCAGCCACAAAAAUCAAGGGCAAGGAGGAUUUUAUUCCCGAAUCAACGCAUUACAAGUUUUACAAAAACGAGAAUUUUGAGGUGUUUAUUGAGGAAGAGUUUGAUUUGCAUUUCCCGGAGCACUUGAACGUUUAUUGCUUUGAGGAGGGGAAUCGCAGCGAUUUUGAGCCUUCGCCGAGCGGGUCAACGGGAGUCUUGGAUUAUUAUAUGAUGGAUGGGGGCUCGGUUUUGCCCGUUUUGGCCCUGGAUAUACGUCCCGGAAACACGAUUUUGGACUUGUGUGCAGCCCCCGGAGGCAAGACUCUACUAGCAAUACAGACUUUGUACCCCAAUCGGAUUAUAGCAAAUGAUGUUUCAAUGUCUAGGACUAAUCGGGUUUAUAAAGUGGCUAAACAAUUUCUUUACGAUUUGAACGAAAGGUGGCUGCAACCGGGGAAACUUAUGAUAACGAAUUUUGACGGCAGGUCGUUCCCGCAAGAAAAUUUCGACCGGGUUUUGGUCGACGUCCCGUGUACCACAGACCGUCACUCCGUUAAAGAAAACGACAAUAACAUUUUCAAACCAUCACGGGUCAAAGAAAGACUAAAAUUGCCCGAAACCCAGUGCGAUUUGCUAUUCAACGCUUUGAAAUUAGUCAAGAAAGGGGGAGUUGUGGUGUAUUCAACGUGUUCACUUAGCCCCAUUCAAAACGACGGUGUGGUGCACAUGACUUUGAAGAGAAUAUGGGAAGAAACAAAAAUUGAAGUUGUGGUGGCGGAUUUAGCGCCCGCGCUCCGGCAAACAAAAAGCGUCUUUAAACUAGCCAAUAAGAAAAUCAUGAAAUAUGGACAUUUAGUCGUGCCGCACUUACCCCAAAAUUACGGACCCACGUAUUUUUGCAAACUUAAACGGAUAAAAUAAUUUGAACAAAACGGCCAUUUUGGUUUUUGUGUCACUGACAGGUUUGCCAAUGUCUAAUUGUCGCCAACCUACAUGGUUUUGAUUCAAUUUUAAAUAAUUAAUUGUUUUGGCCGCCCAAAGUUUCAAGUGAACUUAUGUACAAAUUCAAAUAGUAAGUGUAAAUAAAGUUUUAGUUUUUUAGAAA